ACUUUUUCUCGCCGAAACAGGUCGCAGGAAACGUUAUAUAUAAAAGUAUCAUUUAACGGUAUGAUUGCGCAACACGCGUCGUUAUUUAAAUUUGGUUUCACUUCUGAAUUUAAGUAAUAUUAGAAUAUUCGGUUACUAUUGACUUGUUAAAAAAGUAACGAAUUUAUAUUUCAUUGAAAUUUGUGUAAACGGUCUUUUCUAUUUAACUGAAUAUUUUGUCUUCAUUUGUGAAGUUAACUAAUGGAAAUACUGUUUCGACUUAAUUCCGAUGUCUUAUAAACACCAAUAUAGUUUUACGACUAAUUCACGAGUAAUUAUCUACGACAAUUUAUAGUUUUAAAUUAAAAAGGCAUGGCUGUGAGACAGAAUCUUCGUUCAUUACAUUUUCAUAAAGUUUGUGGUGGUAGUAUAAAACUAUUAGAAAAGGAUAAAGUUGCUCAUCGAACUGAUAGCUUCAAUAAUGGUCUCACAUUUACGGAUCGUCCAGUAAUGGUCGAUGAAGUUGUCUUCCUAAAAAUCGUAGAAACAGCAAGAAAUUGGAGUGGAGCAUUUAGAUUAGGAUUCACUAAAAAUGAUCCUAAAUCGAUGAAGACUAUUCCUCAACAUUCAUGUCCAGAUUUUAUUUCAUUACCUGGUAACUGGGCGAAAGCUUUACCAGAAUCUCUAAACAAGAAAGAUUCUUUAAUUUCCUUUUAUGUGAACAGCCAAGGAGAUGUUUACUAUCAACAUAAUGAUGGUAAAGAAACGUUACUCUUAGCUAAAGUUGACAUUAAACAUAAACUUUGGGGAGUUAUUGAUGUCUAUGGCAACACUGUAAAAGUUAAACUGGUAUCUAAUCCUUUCAAAGAAGAAUCAUUAUCCGAUUUUGAUUUAACUUUUCAUGCUGUACAUGGGGUGCAUGUUCAAUUAGAUGAUAGUAAAACAAUUGCAACCAGGAAAAAUGGCAUGUCUAAUGCUUAUGUUUUUAGUGGCAAGCCAAUGCAUUUUGAUGAAAAAGUAGUCAUUAAAAUCCUUACGCUUGAUCCAUGGAUUAAAGGCCUAUUUGAAUACGGAUUAACAUCUAGUGAUCCUUCUACUAUAGAAGUUAAUUCACUGCCAAAAAAUGGUGCAGAUCUGAUAGAUUUGCCAUCAGACUAUUGGGUCCUUAAAAGAGAUACUUGCUGCUAUGAUCGUGAUGAUAUUGUGACAUUUAUGCUGAAAACUGAUGGUGUGUUUAUAGUCACAAGAAAUGCCAAUGCCGUUUCGUCUAAGUUACAUGUUGAUACAAGCCGACCUUUGUGGUUGUUUUUUAAAUUAAGUGGUGCCAUUGUGAAAAUAUGUUUAAUGGGGUCAUCAGAAAAAGAGUAUGCAGAUCUUAUAAAAGAAUUUAACGAAAUAACAACCUUUCCUGUAGAGAAAAAACCAAAGCGUAGAGUUUCAAGAGAAUUAAGUAUUGGUGAAUGUGUUAUUUGCUGUGAUAAUCUAGUUAACUGUACAUUGUAUCGUUGUGGUCAUAUGUGCAUGUGCUAUGAAUGUGCUAACUUCAUGCGAAAUAAGAGUGAUAAUUGUCCAGUUUGUCGUACGAGUAUUGAAGAUGUUAUUAGAGUUUAUACCUAAAUGGUGAAAUUAUUUUUGAAUUUAGAUUUAUAUACGAGAGCAAAUUUAUAAAAGUUUUUAACGUAAUUUUUUUAUAUUGUAGAGUACUAUAAAAAUAUUGUAUUUAAAUUGUUAUUGCAUAUGCAUUACUAUUAACAGAAUUCAAUAUAUUUUUAUUUAGUAUUUUUAUUAUGUUAUUAAUAGUAAUUCCUAAAAUUAGCAAAAGAUUUAGUUAAAAAUGGAUUUGAUUGUAAUGAUAUAUGGAUUGGAUAUAGGAUUGCAAAAAUUGAGGCAUAUUUCCAAAUUCGGAGUCGAAUUGAAAAGUUUAAGAGCAUUUUAACGUAGCAUUGUAAAAAAUUGUAAUGAUUUAUUUUAUGAAAAACAGAAAUAUCAGAAGAAAUGAGUUGGUCCUAAUAAAUAUGUUAUUUAUGGUAAACUAGUUAUACUUUGUAUUGUGAUCACGUGUUAUGCGUAAAACCAUCAAUUGCCAAAAACUUGCCAACCUAGCUUAAAGGUUUUUCAUAAUUAUGAUAUAUUGAUUUCUAGUGUAUGUAAUUGUGGGCUUACUAUUGAAUCUGUUUAAAUCACAUGGCACAUAUGUUUAUAUAUUUAAUGCUAUUUCAUACAUAAUUAUAGUUAAAAGUUGGAAUUCUAUUUAAUGGUUAAAUUGUAUUUGUUUCCUAAUUUCGUUAUGCUUUUAAGGCUAGAAAUACAUUAAUGUAAUUGAAAUGCUCGACUCUUAUUUACUAAUUAAUCUUGUAUUACUCGAUUUUUUAAACAAUUCCAACGAAUCAUUAUCAAUGUAUUUUUAUCUUUGUAUCUACAAUUAAAAGUGCCUUUUUGAACCUA